AUGAACCACGACCGCGCACUCGAGAGGCGCAUGGUCACUGUCGAGGAGUACCUUGUCGAGCAACGCUCCACCAAUCCAUCCGACGACCAUCCCUUCGUUGCCGCAAAGCACAAUACCACACGGAGAAGACAGCACGAUGCUCGCCCCCACCUGUCAUUCAUCCGCGACGAGCUCGAGGAGCUGCAGGGUCGUGUACAAGCUCCCUCGCAGGGCGGCGAGGACGUCUGCGCAAUCUGCCGCGAGGUCAAGCAGGUCCGUGGGACCAUGCAGUGCGUGUCGCGCGAGGUCGACUGGCUCGGGCGGACGACGGCGGAGCUCGAGCGUGAGGUGGAGGGCGUUAAGCACAAGGUGCACAAUGCUGGCGGUGUCGCCGGUGAACUUGUCGUCGGGGCCAAGUCGGGCGUCGGUGCAGGUCGAGCACGUGUGCCGCAGGUGGGGAGCCGGAUUGCGGUGAAGAAAGAGGGGGAGGACGCGGUGCUGGGGUCGUUUGAUGGGCUGCCGGAUCCGGGUGGGGACGUGCCGAUGUCGGGCUUGCCGUCGCCGUCCUCUGCGGAGUCAAAGGCAUCUCCUCCACUGUGGACUGCACCGAUUGACACUUCGACCUCGAGUGCUCCUGCGCAAGUCACCAGUACGGCUGCGUCGAGCCUGGCUUUGCAACAUCACGCCUUCGCCGACCGUGCCUUUCUCUCUCACUCUCGCUCUUGGUGGACCUUCACCGCUGACACCCGUACGUCGUGCACCUUCCGUUACUGCACGGGAGUCGACGAGCCCGCCCACGCGCUUCGUGGGCAGUGCGUGGGGUUCUGGCAGGAGACAUGGAAGCGGAACACAUUUACCAUAGACUACGCGCAGGAUACCACCAGUCCGGUUGGCUCAUCGCAGGCUUCUCUGUCAACGGGAUUCUUGUCGCCUCAAGUGACAGGGAGUUUGAUUUCGCCACUGCUCACUUCUAUGACCUCGCCUUUCGACACGUUGGCUGCGCGCUCGCGGCCCACGUCCGUAUCGGGCCUGCCGUCGUCGACGUAUGGCGUCAACACGCAUAACUCCGGUAAUGGCGCGUCGGCGGGCUUUGGCUACUCUACCAAGAACACGUUCAGCUACUCGCUUACCACAUAUGGGUCGGCUUCCUCGCUAGGUAGCUUGGAUCUGGAUGACAACAAGACGAAGUGCGGCAAGGAGUUGAAGACUGCGCAGACCAACAAGUCAUCGAUGACGGACGCCAAGCGCACGACCUCGCCGACGCCUCUCUCGCCUCCUCGUGCUCCAUUUGCGCGUCCGUCAAGCGCGAGCCCAUCACCUCCUCCACGCAAGCGCUACACCAUCGCGCUUGGUGCUCCCAUAACGGGCCGGAAGCGCGACAACGAUGAGGAUGAGGACAAGAGAUAUGCGCCUCGCUCCCACUCUCCUGCCCCUCGUUCUCAUUCGCCGCGGUCGCACUCUCCCGCUCCUGAAAGAGAUCAGCACCACAGACUUGCCCUCCGCGCUCGCCCACUUGACAUCGUUCUCGAGUCUCCGCCCAAAGAGUGUCCCUUCAACGUCUAUAUAGCGUCGCCCACCGGAAAGACUAUGAUCUCCGUGCUUGUCACGGCCAUGUAUCUAUGCCAAACUUUGGCAGUCUGA